UCUCUGUAUAUUAUAACAUGCCACAUAAUUCAAUUUAGCUUUGUGUUUUGUUUAGUCUUAAGACUGUUCUAUGGAUCUCUACUGAGACUUUUGUUUGCCAAAUCAUGUUCUAAAAGUUAAGUGUUAUUUUUCCAAUCCAAAAGACAGACAAAGACAAAAAGGUGUUAAAAAAUAAGAGCUAAGAUGAUGGGGAUGAGGAGAAGGCUUGCUUGCUGCACCCGAGACAGAGAGAUUAGCAUCGACUUUGAUGAGCAAGAGAGAAUAAUGACAUACAAUGGCCUUGAGAGUUGCAUUCUCAAUAAUCAUUCUUAUGAAAAUGAAAGCAGAACAAGCAGAGGGGAUGAAUGUGUAACCGACUCCUUGGACGAUGGUGGCUCAAGCUGCUCUUCCAGCAAAGAUGCUUUUGGAUCAUUUUCUUCAAAGUGGUUGACAAUGAAGAGGGAUGAACAGAGUUAUGAUGAAUGGGAGCUCUCAGAAAGCCCCCAACAUUUUUAUGUGAACGAGAAACCUGCUUAUGCCAUUCAGUUUUCAGAUGUGGAGGCAAUGAAAGAAAAAUUUGCAAAGCUGUUGUUAGGUGAAGAUGUUACAGGAGGAUCCAAGGGCCAAACCACUGCUUUAGCUUUGUCUAAUGGCAUCACAAAUCUAGCAGCGACGGUUUUUGGAGAGUUGUGGAAAUUAGAACCACUCCCUGAAGAAAGUAAGAGCAAAUGGCGAAAAGAAAUGGACUGGUUACUCUCCCCUACCAACUAUAUGGUUGAGUUAGUUCCUGCGAAGCAAAAUGGUGCAAAUGGCCGAACCCUGGAGAUAAUGACACCAAAAGCCCGUGCUGACAUUCACAUGAAUUUACCGGCACUUCAAAAAUUGGACUCUAUGCUUAUUGAGACGUUAGAUUCAAUGGUGAAUACUGAGUUUUGGUAUGCAGAAGGAGGUAGCCGGGCAGAAGGAAGGAAUAAUAGCGGCCGGCAAAGUAAGAGAUGGUGGCUCCCAUCACCUCAAGUACCAAAGACGGGGCUCUCUGACACUGAGAGGAAGAAAUUGCUUCAUCAAGGAAGAGUGGUACAUCAAGUAUUCAAGGCUGCCAAAUCAAUCAAUGAAAAUGUUUUGCUUGAGAUGCCUGUGCCGGCCAUUAUUAAAGAUGCUCUUCCCAAGUUGGGGAAGGAGAGAAAGAAGUGGAUGAAGAGCAAGAGGGUCAGCUAUGGCGUCAAUGAUAUUGCUGAUAUGUGCCGGUGGGGAGAGCUAGACAGGGAUUUAUUAACGUUAAUAUUCUUACGAGUCCCAGAAUAUGACAUUUCCAGAGUUCGACUCGUCUGCAAGUCUUGGCUGGCCGUCAUGGAAGAUCCAUUCUUUAAGAUCAUGAUUGUUAUGGAUAUUGUGGAGAAAAUUCGAGGGGAAUACGAAGAUAUGUAG